AUGCCAGAAAACAAGCAGACAGUGCAGCGUACCAGCAGCUAUCUCUCACACUCGGCAUACAGGAAAAUCAAGAGAGUGUUGAGCUUCAGGAGGCGUGUUUUUGGCCAGAGGUUGGAAGAGACGGUUUUGUAUGAGCGCCGCUAUGGAGAUCACAUGGCCCCUCUGGUUGUGGAGCAGUGUGUGGACUUCAUCCGAGAGCACGGCCUGCUGGAGGUGGGGCUGUUCAGGCAGCCCGGCCAGGCCACGCUGGUCAAAGAGCUCCAGGAGGCCUUUGACGCUGGUGAGAAACCCUCUUUUGACAGUAGUACAGAUGUCCACACUGUGGCAUCUCUUCUGAAGCUGUAUCUCAGGGAACUGCCUGAGCCUCUGGUGCCCUUCUCAUGCUACCAAGAAUUCCUCACGUGUGGCAAAAAAAUCCCCACGCAGCGAGAUCUGGCUUUGCUGGAACUAAGGAAUCUUCUUCAUGAGCUUCCUGUUGCCAACUUUAACCUACUGAACUAUAUCUGUUCGUUUUUGAAUGAGGUCCAGUCCUACUCCAGCACUAACAAAAUGAGCAUUCAGAAUCUUGCAACUGUUUUUGGACCAAACAUCCUACGACCCAAAGCUGAAGAUCCAGAGAGUAUAAUUGGAGGGGCAGCUGCAGUGCAGAACCUCAUGUCAGAGCUGAUUAGAGAGCACACUCUGCUCUUCUCCAGAGAAGUCCAGUGCGACGUUUCCAAACCCUCACCCCCUGCCUCCCUGUCCUCACACAGACACUACAGCCAGGUGGAGUGGAUGUCCACCAACCCACUCACACAGCCUGACAACCAGACACAGCCAUGUCUUAGCACUAACAUUCUCCCAUCUCCAACCCAGGCCUCCAUCUCCCACAACGCUGAAAGGAGGAAGCCCUCUGUUCAGGUUCUUUGGAAUAAAAACACAACACUCCACCCCUUCAACAAAAAUCAUCAUAUUCAACAGCAGCAGCAGCAUGACAAAACUGAGGCGUCCUCUUCCCAGACGAGCCCCACCCUAAUGUAUGAGAAAGACACCCCACCCCACCAAUCACAUAUUUAUCAGUCUUUGCCCACUGGACUUCUCCCUCCUCCUCCUCCUCCAUCACCUCCCACUGCAUGCCCCUCUAUAAUGGGAGAGAGUGUAAUUGCUGAACAGGCAGAGGAGCAGGCCGAUGGCAGAGUGGAGUCCUGUGACUGGGCCGGUUCGGAUGAAAACAGCUGGGAGAGGGAGAAGGGGUUGGGGGGGAUGAGUGGGAGCAGUGAGGCACAGGACAGCACCAUGUCUGUCUACGACAACAUGAACGCUAGCGAACACGGCGGGGAAGAGGGUGGGGAGGGGGAGGGGUUUACAGCAGGGGAGGCGGAGCAGAAGGCUGGCACUGCCAGCGUGGCGGGGAGCAGCAGCUCCUGGUCGUCCUGCGAAGUGCUGCUCCCGGACGGCAGAGAGGAAGGCAGGAGCGGUGGAACCGGAAGUCCGUGCCACAGCGCCACCCGUUUCCCCUCCUAUGGUACGGACCACAGAGAGGCGCAGGGAGAGCUCCACCCCAACUCCCCCACGUCCUCCUCUGUUCCCACUGAUGCCCCUCUCAGCACGGGCAGCAGUGAAGUUUUCUUGCCCUCAGCUCCUCCAGAUCCCCAGGGCCCCAUUGCAUCCCAUGCUAUACAAUGCCUCCUAACAGGGCUCCAGCAGCAGAUGGCCAGGCAACGGGCUGAGUAUGAAGCCAAGAUUUACAGGCUAGAAAGGAAGAACGAGGUCCUCCAGGGUGAAGUGGCGGGACUGCGUUCCAGUCUCGAGCAGCAGCGCCGCUGGGUCAGCAUGGCCGAAAUCAAAAUGCGCAAUGUUGAGCGAGCUCGUGCAGAUGCGGACCGCCGAAAUGCCACGCUGCAGCAAGAGAUGGAGCAGUUCUUCGACUCUUUCGGAGAGCUCAAUUCCGAGGCGAGGAAAGCCGAGCGCAUCGUCCAAAGUUUUUAA